AUUAUAGCUGAAAUUUUCUGUGUAAAAAGUUUGAUUGUCUAUAGACAUAUACGCAAGUCUUCGUUGGAUUUACGUACUCCCGCCUUUUUGGUCUUGAUCAUAGUUUUCUUUCUUCUUGACCAAACUACGGCGACUAACGGAUUACAGACUACAUUUUUACACUAUUGAGAGUAAAAAAUGGAUGGUCCAAACCCUGAAGAGGAAAUCGAAGAAUUCGAUCCUAACGAUUAUCAAUCAUUUGAUUUAAUUAUUGACCAUAACUCUGAAAAGGAUGAUAACAUCAAAUUUUACCUAAAUGAGAAUCAGUUAUUUGACAAUGAAUCGUUCAAACAAAAUAUUUUACUCGAUGCUACAGAUGAUGAAAAAGACACUAAUAAUAAUGCAGAUUUAUAUACGUCAGACUUUGAGGAACUAGACUCCGAAAGUAUUAUUGGUUCAGCGUACUAUGAAAAAAUAAAUGAUGAUAAUGAUAAAACAGUAGUUGAAAAUACUUUCAUCGUUGGUUGUAACGAAAAUGAAGUUGAAGAUUCAGCAAACUCCGAUGAAACUUGCAAAUAUCUCAACUCAGAGCAAGACCGUCUUCAUGAGCACAGUAAUGAUUCGUCACAAAUAAAUAAUUGGAAUGUAGAAUCUUGCAAUAAUUCACCAGAAAUUUGCAGAGUUAAUGAGCAUUCUAGCUUUAAUUUGAGUGGCAAAUUCAGCCAUCAUUCAAAUGAAAUAUCUAGACUGGACCAAUCAAAGUUAGAAUUAUUUUUAUCAAAUUCAAAUCGAAGUGACUGUUCAGAUGAAGAAAAUGCAGAUGAAUAUUUGACGAAUAUAAAAAGCGAUUUUGCGUUACCUCCAAUCAAAAAAAGAAAAUUUGAACGGGCAUCAAUGAUACCUGAAGAUGAUCCGAAUUCCUCGGGAUCUGAAUACCAACCAUCCAAUGAAGAUUACUUAGAUGACUCAGAUAGUGACUUGACCGACUUUAAUGCAGAAUUUGAAAAAUCGAAGAAAUCCCAUAAGACGGAACGUCUUACGAAAAGAAAAGUAGUUUCAAAAGUCAAUAACUCAAGGGUUCAUAAACCAAUAUCAUUUGAAUCAAAUGAAUUAAAUUCAGAUGUGGAUGUACCGUCAAAAAUAGAGGCUCCUCAUACCGAAACAAAAAAACCUGCAAAGCGAAAAAAAUUUUUAUUUGAACUAUAUUCUACCACAAACCGAGUAUCUGAGAAAGAAAAAGAAAUAAAUAUAAAUAAUUGUGAACCAACUACGACUGAUUUACCUCAAACUAAUUCUGAAUAUAAAGAAAAAGAAAAUGAAGAACAAAAUGAUCAAAAUGAAAGUAAUAGAGGAUGUGAAACAUCUACAGUUAAUUUUCGUUCAUCUACAUUUGUCGAAAACACAACAAAUGUUCCGCCACCUAACAAGAAUGUUAAUUCAUUAAAGCGUAAACGCAACACCAUCGAAGACUUAGAUUUUCCUACACAAACAAUAGGUUUUUCCGAUGAAGGUGGAACUUUUUAUUACAAACUAAAUUGCUGUUGUUUUUGUCAUAGCCUAGAAUUGAGAGUGGAUCGACAUUAUAAAACCCACCACCCUGAAGAGCAAGAAGUGCAAUUUUUAAUUCAUUGCAAAUCCGCUGCAGAAAGAAGAGUUAAGUAUAAAGAGCUGCGUUUACGUGGGAAUGAUUAUUACAAUAAUGACAGAACAAUUAAUCCUAAAGGAAUAAUCAUUUGCUCGCGGAGAAUUUCUCGUCCAAAAAUGAUUGAGAAACAGAAAUUGUUACAAACAGAAUCUCAGAGCAAUGAAGAAGUUUCCACAGAUAAUAUACCUGCAAAGCAAGAGAAUACAAUGAAGAGCUCUAUUACAACUACAACUGAUAUGACUGCAUCUUCAAUAUCAGGAGUAUUCAAAUUGAAAUGCGCUGUUUGUAAUAUAUGGGUUGUACCUCAAAAUUUGCGAAAUCAUUAUAGAUCAGCUCAUUAUACUAUGGGAGAUCGUAAUUCUAAGCAAAUUUUAAAGGAAGCAAAACGUUGCAUGUUAGCCGUGCACCCAAAAACAGACCCACGAGUGAAAGAUCAUAUUUUUGCAAAAAUAAGAGAUCCUGUAGUUUCAGCUUUAGUGAGGCAAGACAUUCUUAUUGUUUUAUUUGCUAACAAAUUCGCAGAUAAAUUUUCGAAUACUAAACAACUUGAUAUGGUCAGAGGUUACGUUCGUCUUAUUGCGAAAUUCAUGUUGGAGAUGAAAAACUUGUGCCCCGAAUUAGAAGAUUUUAAAAUGGUCUUUAGACCUCAAUAUUGGGAUAGUGUUAUUGAAGCCAUGAGAAAAGUUAGUGAUUAUGAUGCAGCAACUCAACGUUUUGGCAUAACAUAUAAUGCUGAAACAUUACCUCUUCUUUUUCGCAAAUGUUUUAAAAUUUUACGACACUUCUUCGUUACUGUCAAAGAUACUGAAAACAUUCAAAAUUUGAAUGAUUUUAUAGCCAUCUUUGACGACGAUAUUCAGAAUGCAAUACUUAUCAAGGCAUACCUCUCAAGAAAAGAAUUGAAUCGUCAUACGAAUGAUAAACCACUGCCACCAUCUAACGACAUAGUUAUCUUCAGAGAAUUCUUGAAUGUACUUAGGGAACAGACCUUAGAUAAAGUAAAGGAAACUAACGUGAUGACCUAUGAACAAUAUUAUAUACUCACAGUGUGCGUUGCAUUGCUCAUCGAAAGUUUCAAUCGUCGACGCAACGGGGAAGUUGCUAGAGUCCUUUUAAAAGAUUUUGAAUCUAUUAAACAAGCAGACGAAAAUUGUGAGUUCUUUAAACAGUUGACUGAGGAAGAGAAGGAGGAACGUUUAGCAUUCUACAGAAUGGAUAUUUUGGGAAAACGAUACGAUGGUAAAGGAUCUUUGUACAUGGAUAAUUUAGAUUAUGAUUGUUUAAAAUUAUUGGUAAAACAUAGGAAGUCAUUUAAUAUUUCUUCGACUAAUGCUUAUUUAUUUGCCAUAAAAAAUGGACGAGAUAAUGUAGAGAGAUAUGUAGAUUUGUACGAUUCAAUGUGCCGGUUCACAAAAAAAUGCAAUGAUGAAUAUAAACCAAUUAAUCACAAAGCAAUACGUGCUACUGCACUGCGUAAGCAUGCAGCCACUGUAAAUGGUGUAAUAGAUGAUGGGAAGAACACUCAAAUGUGUGCAGAGCUCUUAGGACACUCUGAACAAAUGCAGAAAUCAAAAUACAAGAGGGUCGUCGAUAAACAAGAUGUUGCGAAUGUCAAUUUCCUUAAAAGGAUCAACAGCACAAACUACGAAUCACCCAUUAGAAAUAAACAUCAAUCUCAAAAACCCCCGCUACCAUCCCUGGAUAGUUCCAACGAUGAUGUACAGGAAUCAAUCGUUUCAGAUCGUAAAACCGGAGCAUGGGAUCACGACGAGUGCGCUGCUUUUCGUGAAGUAUUCAAGCCACAUUUAUCAUCUCGAAGAACUCCAUCUUCACCAGAAAUUCGACAAGCACGAUCCUCAAACAGAUAUUUAGGUCAAAGAAGUCUGGCGCAGAUAUCUGCUAGAUUUUAUAAUAUCUAUGCUGGUAAAUUAAAAAAGUUUUAAAUUUACCUCAGAUAAAUAAUUAAAGAUUUUAUUUUAAACAUUAUGUUUUUUAAAAACAAUUUAUACGUUUAUGAAUAUAAUAAUCAAAAAGAGAUUUUAAAAGUCUAAACUAUGUAGUACUCCAAAUGAGUAUUAAUUGAUUGUGAUAUAGUCGUACUAAUAUUUAUAAAAUCAUAAAAAAUUAUGAAACUUUUUUGUUUUAAAAGUGGUACAAGCUAUGUACAAGUAUUACAUUCAAUAUAGAACUUUAAAUAUGUUUUAUUGAAUUGUGAUUUAUAAGGCUAUGCAUGUAUGUAGAAUCAUACAAACAUAAUUUUUUUUUUAAAGUUUAGAAUAUAAGUAUUACAUUGAAUCUACUCUUAAAAAAUUAUAUUAAAAAACAUGCUUAUAAAUAUGUUUAUAAAUAUUGUAAAUGAUCAAAGAGAGAUUUUAUAAUUCUAUAACAAAAGCUAUGUAGUACUUCAAAUGACUGUGAUUUGAUUGUGAUAUAGUCUCACUAAUAUUUAUAAAAUCAUAAGAAAAAAAUUAAACUUUUGUUAUACAAGUUAUGUACAAGUAUUAGAUUUAAUAUGGUACCUUAAAUAACUUAUUUAUUUAUGAUUUAGUAGACUAUGUAUAUGUAGAAUUAUAUGAAAAAAAUAACAUUUUAUUUAUUUAACAGUUGUUUAAAAUUUAAGUAUUACAUUGAAUAAUAUUAAAAAACUUUAGUUCUGAACAAAUCAAUGUAUAUUGUUUUAUUUAUAUAAAAUGCAAAUAAUAUAUAUAAUAAAUGCAAAAUUCAAACAA